AUGGAGGAGAAAAGAACUGCGUAUGAGAAAUCCGUGCUUCACUCUCAGUGUUUGUGUGCGGGUGAACAUGAGUACGUUCUCAAGAGGAAACGAGUCGUCCUGCAGUCUCUCAACUGUCUGGGAAUCAGCUGUUCUGAAGACUCGGUCCCUCACAUCGCUCUGCUGGCUUCAGGUGGAGGUCAGAGAGCCGCCGUGGCUCUGGUGGGAUCUCUCCAUCAGAUGGAGAAAGACGGUCUGCUGGACUCUGUGCUCUACCUGGGAGGAGUCUCUGGGUCGACAUGGUCCAUGGCCUCUCUGUACAGUGACCCACAGUGGAGCAUGGGGAUGGACAGGGCCGUGUCCAGCCUGACGAGUCCAGGGGUGGAGCUGGACGAGGCUCUGUCAUGGCUGGGCGAGAGAGCGAAGGAGGAGGACUUCUCUCUCACUGAUAUCUGGGGGGUGCUGACCUCAGCUGGAAUCAUGAAACAGAUGGACCUGCGACUUCUUUCUGACGAGGCCGGCCGAAAAGCCACCAACCCCUACCCCAUCUACUGCGCCAUAGAGAAGUACUUCUUCUCUGAGGGGCCUCUGGAAGCGACGUGGUUUGAGAUGAGUCCUCAUGAGGCUGGGUUCACAGACCUCGGCCUCUUCAUUGAAACGUCUCUUCUGGGCAGCAAGUUCGAGAACGGGGAGCUGCAGGAGGAGAUAGCUGAGAUGGACAUGGUCAAACUACAAGGUGUUUUUGGCAGUGCAUUGGCUCAUGAAGACAUGAUCAAAGAGUUCAUCCCUCACUGGCUGAACGUGCCCGGUCAAGAGGACGAUGCAGCUGAAGAGUAUGUGCGUCUUUACUACGCCCUCCAUAGAGUUGUAGCUCUGACCAGAAACCUCAUCCCGGAUCCUGCUGCACAGGCUGACCUCGACAAGCUGCACAAACUACUAGAGGACGCUGAUGAGACACAUCGUGUUGAGUACGAGUCCGAAAGUUUGCAGGACAAGGAAAGUGUUUCCCAGCAGAGGACUGAGCAGCUGCUGGCUGUGGUGGAGAGCUGGAGCCAGACUCUGGAGGAUGGAGCUUUUAAAAAUCACGUGAUGUUCAUAAUUUCGCGUGUCCUUCCUCUGAUCGUGAAGUGGGAGUGGGGAACAACCAACAACUUCCUCUACCAAUACCAAAACUCCAGUGUCCCACCUUACCUCCAAACUGAAGAGAAUUUCAACCUGGUGGACGCUGGCUUGCUAGUGAACGUCGCCUUCCCGUCAUUUCUGGGAGACAAGAGAGACAUCGACCUCAUCAUCGCUCCGGAGUUCAGCGCAGGGAACAUGUUCGAGAAUCUGACUUUGGCCAGAGAUUAUGCAGCCAAGCUGAAGAAGCCGUUCCCUGAGAUAGAUGAGAAAAUCCUGGAAGAGAGAGACUGGCCGAAGGACUGCUACGUGUUUGAGGGGAAAGAGAAGGAGCCCACCAUCGUGUUCAUGCCGCUCUUCAACAGAAACAACUGCAAAGAUGCAGAGGAGGUGAAAGCAAAGAUGGCGGAGUUCUCCACCUUCCAGCAUUCGUACAGUCAGGAGAAAGUGGAGUUAUUGUUGGAGACGGGGAAAGAGAACAUGAAGAGAAACAAACAAACUCUGCUGAGAGAGAUCAAGAAGGCGGCUGGACGCAGACGCUGCAGGUAG